AUGAGCCAAAGUCAAGGAGCACAGUCCUCCCAAUCUGGCACCACGGAAAACAAUCAUCAUGGCCAAAUUGUUAGAAUUGAAGUUGAAAAUUUCAAGUCCUACAAGGGUCGUCAAAUUAUUGGGCCUUUCAACGAUUUUACUUGCGUCAUAGGUCCUAAUGGUAGCGGCAAGUCAAAUCUAAUGGAUGCUAUUAGUUUCGUUAUGGGUCUAAGAGCACAAUAUCUCCGUUCUUCACAUUUGAAACAAUUGAUCUUCAAUGGUGACGGUAUGGCCCAACUCCAAAACAGAACAGCCUACGUGAAAUUGGUUUUCAAAACAUCUCCUGAACAUGAAGAAGAAGAAGGAGCUGAGGUUGAAUUUACUAGAACAAUUUCAGCACAAGGACAAACUGAAUAUAAGAUUAAUCAUAAAACUGUCCAAGCAAGCGAUUAUGAAAGAAAGUUGAAAAGCUUUGGCAUUCUUACAAAAGCAAGAAACUUUUUAGUUUUUCAAGGUGAUGUUGAAAACGUAGCAUCAAAGUCUCCAACAGAGUUGACCAAGUUGUUUGAACAAAUUUCUGGCUCAGAAGAAUAUAAAAAAGAAUAUGAUAGACUAAAGGAACUGUACGAGCAAUCUAACAACAAGCUCAUUACAAACUUCCAAAAGAAGAAGGGAAUUACAACCGAGAAAACACAAUAUAAAAAUCAAAAGAAAGAUGCUGACAGAUUUGAUGAAGCAACCAAUCAACAUACAGAAUUGCAAUCUCAAUUUGUUCUGUGGAAAUUAUACCAUAUUGAAAAGGACAUUCGCAAACAUCGAGCAGAAUUGACACGUCUUAAUAAGGACAAGAGUAACUUGACAUCUCGACAAAAAACAACCAAUGACGAAAUUAAUGAAAAGAAGAAGGAAAUGGCCAAGUUAAAGAAACAAAAUCUUCUUUCUGCCACAAAGGUCAAAUCACAAAAAGAUGAAGUACAAAAAAAGAGAGAAUCACUUGCAUCUUUGAAGGUUGAAGUCAGUCACUUGGAAAAUAGUUUGAAACAACAUUCCAAGAAUAUGGACAAGAAGAGAUCACAACUUGAUAAACAUACUAAAGAUGUAGAAAAACUGGAAGAAGAAAUUAAAACGCUUGAAGAAGAAAGACAAGAAAUGGAGAACAAAUUGAAAGAAGAAAGUCAAAGGGAGUUGAAACUUUCUGGAGCAGAUCUCGAAGAAUACAAUCAACUAAAAACUCAAGCUGCUGAAAAGACAGUCAGUUUAAGACAAGAACUUGCUUCACUUAAUGGUGAAAAGAGUACUCUUGUUGAAUCUCAGAAAACACUUCAACAAAAAGUUAGUCAACUUGAAGAGAGAAAGAAACAAUUAGAAGAUCAAAAGAAAACCAAUCAAAAAAGACUUGAAAAACUCGAAGAAUCUCUUCAAAAUCUUGAAAAUGAACUUCAGGAAAAGAAGAGAAAGUAUGACGAACUCUCCAGAGCCAGUGAUGAAAAGAAGAAGAGAAAACAAAAGGCAGAAGAUGAUUUGCAUGAAAUGAGAGACAAGCUAAAAGAUGCCAGGGUAGAGAAACGUGACUCUGAAAGAGAACAAAAAUUCAAAGAGGCUCUUGAUGGAAUGAAACGUCUCUUCCCUGGUGUAAUUGGAAAGGUUGCUGAUUUAUUCACAAUCGUCCGUGAAAGAUACAAUGUUGCUGUCAAUGUUGCAAUGGGAAAGCACUUGAAUUCUAUUGUUUGCGAAAAUGAAAAGACUGCUUUUGAAUGCAUCAAAUAUCUUAAGGAGCAACGUUUAGGAACAUGUACUUUCAUUCCAAUUGAUACUGUUAAAGCCAAAAAGAUUAAUGAAAAAUUGAGAAAGAUUCCAAACACAACUGCCAAGUUAGUCAUCGAUGUCAUUUCCUUUGAAGAAAAACUUGAGAAGGUUUUCAAAUAUGCUAUUGGUAAUACCAUUGUUUGUGAUACUUAUCAAGAAGCGGUUGACAUUUGCUUCAAUGAUGUUGCUGGUUUAGGUUUUAAAGUUAAAGCAGUAACUAUUGAAGGAACAGUGAUCACAAAGGCAGGUAUGGUAACUGGUGGGUUAGCAGAUGCCAAGACAAGAGCAUCAAGAUAUAAGGAAAAGGAUAUUGAAAAGUUAAAGAAUGACAGAGAUAAGCUUGUAUCUGAAAUUCAAUCUCUCACAAGAGAAGAAGCAUCUGAUUCUACAUAUCUCAUCAAACUUCAAAAUGACAUUUCUCAAAUUGAAGGAAGAAUGGUGGUGAAAACAGAUAUAGAAUUUACAAAGAAGAAGAUUGAUGGUAUUGAAACUGAACUGAGAGAUGUCGAUAGAGAAAUUCAAGCUGAGACACCAAAUCUUACCAAAUUGAAAGAUUCCAUUAGUAAUCUUGAUACUAGAAUCGAGUCUAUUGAAGAUUCUAUUGCUAAAGUUGAGGAAGGUAUUUUUGCUGCUUUCUCAAAGAAGAUUGGAAUUGAUAACAUUAGAGAAUAUGAAAAUAAGAGACAAAAGGCAGAAGAGCAUGCAGCUAAGGAGAGAUCAAGAUUUGAAACAAUGAUUUCUCGUCUGACCAAUCAAUUGGAGCUCAUUAGAAAGAGAGAUGUUGCUACCUCACUUGACAGACUUGAAAAAGAAGUUGAAACUGAAGAGAAAUCUCUUGAAAAGAAGAAAGAGAGAGUUAAGCAAUUAGAAACGGAACUCAUUUCAGUUGAAAAGGACUUUAAGAAGUUACUUGAAGAAUUGAAGAGCUCUCAAUCAUCCAUUGACGAUAAAAACACUGAAAUGAAUGAAUUGAAGAAGAUUCUUCAAACUGAUAUGGAUGAGCUGACUAAGAUUACUAAACAAAUUACAGCCAAAGAAAACCAAAUUGAACAACUCAGAAAUAAGAGACAAGAAAUGUUCAUGAAGUGUAAAAUCGAAGAGAUUGAACUUCCAUCAAUCAAAGGAAAAGUUACUGUUACACCUGAGGAAGAAGAAUCAGAAGAAGAAGAGGAAGAAGAUGGAAAGAAGAGAAAACAAACAAGACCAGCAGGUAGAAGCAAGAAAAAGAAAAAGCAAUCUGAAGAAGCCGAAGAGGAGGAACCAGAAGAAAUUAGGUUUAGUGAAUCUUUUACUAUUUCACAAGCAACAGAAGAAGAAACUCCUGCCUCCCAAGAACUUGUCACUCUUGACUUUUCUUCCAUUGACAAAUCCAAGAAAAAAGUUAGAGACUUGAAACACUAUGAAGAGAUUGAAAAACAAUUCGAAAAUGAACUUCAAGAGCUUCAAGAAGAAAUUGAAAAACUUGCUCCAACAACCGCAAUUGCUGGUAAAUAUGACGUUAUCAACAAGAAAUAUAAGGAUACUCUAGAAGAAUACAAAAAGACAAGAGAAGAAACAACAAAGAUUAAGAAAGAUUUCGAAGAUAUUAAGAAAAAGAGAAAGGAAGCAUUUACAAAAGCAUUUGACAAAAUUGCAGAUUCUAUUGACUCUAUUUACAAAGAUUUGACAAAAUCAGUGAAAACACCAACAGGUGGUACAGCCUAUCUCACUUUGGAAGACACAGAUGAACCAUAUCUUCAAGGAAUUAAGUACAAUGCAAUGCCACCACUAAAGCGUUAUAGAGACAUGUCACAAUUGAGUGGUGGUGAAAAGACAGUCGCUGCUCUUGCUUUAUUAUUUGCUAUUCACAAGUAUAAUCCUUCACCAUUCUAUAUUUUGGACGAAGUUGAUGCUGCUCUUGAUAAUGUAAACGUCAACAAAGUUGCUGAUUACAUUAGACGCUCGGUGAACAAGCAAACAGAUCUCAUGUGUCAAUUCAUUAUCAUUUCAUUGAAAGAAAACUUUUAUACCAAUGCCAAAUCCUUGGUUGGUAUUUUCAGAGAUAUUCCUUCCAAGUCAUCCAAAACUCUGACCAUAGAUAUGACACAAUUUGACGAAGAAAGACACCAAGAAGAAGAAUAA